CUUGGACAUGGAUUUUUUUAGAUAAGUUUCUUAACAAACAUACUUUGCACAGCGUGGUUAUACAUGAGGCUAUAAGCUAACUGUACACAAUAUUGAAAAUGAAAGCUAUGCUCUGCCCCAACAGUGCGGUUGCGCGCUUUUAAGUUUGGAGUACGCGCAGUCGCUUCAAAUACCCGCACGCACGGAUCGAUCCAACCGAUAAAGAACAUGAAGGAAUCACAAUUACUUAUUUUUUUAUGUGCCCUCAGUGGUGUGUUUGGCGCUGAUGAAGUGAAGUCAGUGUCAGUGAUGGAGGGACAUUCUGUUACACUACAUACUCAUCUUACCGACAUACAGACAGAUGAUCACAUAUUGUGGAUGUUUGGACCUCAAGAGACUCUUAUAGCUGAGAUCUUCAAGCUGAACAGCUCUGUAUGUGAUAACAACAGGUUCAGAGACAGAUUGAAGCUAGAUCAUACUGGAUCUCUCACCAUCACAGACAUCAGAAUCACAGACACUGGACUUUAUCAACUAGAGAUUGAGAAAACAAGUAGAUCAGCUUUCAACGUCACUGUCUUUGCUCCUCUUCCCAAUCCUAAAAUGACCAUAAAACCGUUUGCAUCGGGCAGCUCAGCAAAAUGUGAGGUACAGUGUUCAUCAAGCAACGUGAGCCACGUGAGCCUCUCUUUGUACAAAAAUAGAAGAAUAUUAAGCUCUGUGACGAACUCGGACUUCAGUAAAAACCUCUUUCUGAGUGUCAAUGUGAAUUAUGAGGAUGCAAACACCUUCAGCUGCGUGCUGCGUCAUCUAAUCAGCAAUCAGACUACGUUCUUCAGUAUUGCUGACCCCUGUAAUAUCAAUUGUAAAGCUGCACACGAACCGAAGAUAGUUUCAGCGACAGCGGGGGUUUCUCUCACACUUCAAGCUGAUGAAUUUGAUAAAGAAGCAGAGGAUCACAUUCUGUGGACGUUUAGACCUUAUGAUGCUUAUAUAGCUGAAAUGAAGAAAUCCACACAUUUUCACCAUAUAUAUAGGAACAGUGAAGGGGGGAUUUUUACAGAUGUGAUGCUAGACAAUGACACUGGAUCUCUCACCAUCCUGAACAUCACUGAACGACACACUGGUCUCUAUAAACGAUUCGCUCUGAAAAAGGACAAGUGCUUGAUUUUCAAUGUCACCCUCUAUGAAGAGAUCCACAAGUUAAAGGUUGAUAACAACACCUACAACAUUGUUGGUGUUGUUGUAGGUGUUUUUGGUGUCCUGGUCUCAGUUGUGUGGGGCCUAUACUAUUGCAAGGGGUGUAAUGGUGCGUUUAGAAAUGACUCAGACAGACCAGUGUCAGAGCGGAUUCUCCUUUCAUCAUCUAGCGAUCCGUUACUGCCAUCCACACCUUCAUCUCCUCCGAUGUACUGUCUAUAGUUACAGAGACCUCCUGUUGCUAUAUUACAUACCAGCCAAAUGUUUGGAAUCUUAGAUUUGUUUGCAUUAUUACAUUUCUAUAAAAAAUUCCCCUAGUCUGUCUCGAAGUUCUCUUAAAGUUAAAGUUCUCUUGUGACUCCUAAUUUUUAAAAACACCAGUGCAUUACAUUUUUUGUGCAUUACACAAUAUACAGUAAAUUUCUCACUGGUAUAGUGAUGUUAUAUUAUUCAUCGAGAUCCUGUGAUACUAUUGUUGUUGUCGUCUUGUUUUUGUGAGUCCGGAGUUUUAUCGUCCGGAGAUGAUGAUCCAGCAGGUCACACUUCUCGUCCAAGUAUUACUUUGGGUUUUUUCCAGUAAGCUUCUUAUGAUGUUUCACAAUGUGCUGAGUACUGUAUAUCAUAAUGUAGUUCCUCAAUAUUAUUGUAUUUUCAUGUUUAGACUGAUCCUAAUAAUGUCAUAUGACCUUUUAGCAGUAAACAACCUUUGGACCUCAAAUGUUUUCAGAGACUGUUGCAGUCGUGCGGUACAUUGACAAAUGUGAAGCCAGUUAAUGGCCAAAGUGCAAUUUAGGAAGUCAGAAAUGUCUGACAUUGUAUUAACAACUCACUAAAGCAAAGUUUUACCUUGUUUUUGCCCAGAUAUAAUAUAAAUAAGAUAUGGAAAUAAAUGAGAUUAAAAAUGAACAACUUAAAAAAAUCUUUUGAUGAGUUAACAUAUGGUGGCAUGUCUCAAAGCAUCUUCUCACAUUUACUUUCAGUUUUUUUGCUUUCUGUUUUUUACAGUCUGUAUAUGUCUCCCUAUACUGGUGCUGUUUGAAAUGUACAACUGUGUGGUACUUAAUGUCAGCUUUAGUGAUGCUAGAAACCAGAGGUGCCUUUCGUGUCCUGAUUGAAGUGAAGCCAAGUGAUCACCCCCAGAUGCCUGGAUGGAAAAUGGAUCAUAAAUCUCUUUCGGUGUUAACAAAUGGGGCAUGAGCCAAAAUGAAAUUAAAUGAUGGUUUCUGUCAUUUUAGUAGUUAUAACUCUGAUGUAUGUUUUUUCUGAUAAGUUUGGUUUUAGCGUGAGGCCUGCGGAAAUAUUUGUCAUCCAUCUUUGGCAAUGCUACCGGACAGAAGAAACAUAUAGUGCUUUAUCUACUGCGAUAAAGAUGAUGGAUUUACUACAUAUAGCUUUCAUUAUACAAUUGCUACAUGAUGAAUGUAUGGAUUGUCUGCUCCUAAGUCUAUUGUCUGCUGUCAAUGACUUUGACAGUGUUGGUAAAUGUGGCAAAAAUGUUAACCUGUAGCUUCCCACUUUAUUAACUUCCCAUUAAGUGGGGAAGAAAUACUUACAGUACACUAAAAUUGU